AAUGUGAACGAAGCCAAACUGAGCCAAAACGUCGGUGUGAACGCGGCUGGAAGGCCCUGGCUGCUUGGAGUAGGGAUUGCUGGGUCCCCAGGUGUUUGGGAUGGUUGUGGCUGAUCUCCUGCAGGACUGAGGUGAGGACUAUAAGAGGACCUACAGCUCCAGCUCAUGUCUCUCUCCUGGAGUGGCCAUGCUGUGAGUAGUGUUGGGGGUUUGGACAAGGUGCAGUCGCCUCAGCUCUGCUUAGUCAGCUGUGUAGUCAGUGACCAGAUGGCCUGGAUGGCUUUUACUGCCUGAGAAGAACAUGAAGCUGGUUGUGGUUGGCGGCGCCAUACUUGGCUGAUUAGUUUAGGUGCUCCAGAUCCAGAAUAAUCCAUUCCUCCGCUUCCUGCAGUGAUCCAGAACUCUACUAGACUCCAGAAGACCAAGUGUUCUACACAAAAAACCAUAAAGCACCAAUGGCGCAUAAAGUGGAUCAGCCUCGAACGCUCCUUCUGGCAGUGGAGAAGAAUUUUACAGUCAAAAUCGGCUUACCACCCAUGAACCCAAGGGAUGACUUUAACGGCAGGGCGGCUGUUCUUGGAAAGAUUAAUAAUGUCAGCCAUAUAGCCUGUAGUCCAGAUGGUGAACUCUUCUGUAUCUGUGGUGGAGACCUGUACAGAGGUCCAAUGCCUUCCAAUAUAGAUGUCAAUUGGUUUUCGGUGGCGCGAAGAGUUGGAAAAGCUGUAUGGAACCGAAUUGUCCUUAUGUUCUUCCACCCCAAGGGAGAUUUCUACGUCACCACAAAUGAUGGAGAAUUUUAUAAGGGUCCCCCACCAGAUAAUGAGCAUGUACCUUGGAUCUAUGAUCAGGCGAAAAGAAUAGGACAUGGUGGUUGGAAGCAGUAUGAAGCCUUGUUCUUCAGUCCAGAAGGCCUUCUAUAUGCUGUGGGCAAUGAUCAACUCUUCAAGGCUCCACCACCUACUGAGGAAAGUGUCCAAUGGGAUUCUUCAUGUACCUGUAUUGGAGGCAGUGACUGGAGCAGACUCACUCACUUUAUAUCCUUUAGUCCUGAUGGAAAACUCUGGGCUGUAGAUAAAUGGAACGGACACAUCUUCAGAGGAAACCCACCAACCCAAGAAGACCCAAACUAUCAGGCACAGGCUCAGGAUCUGGGAUCUAACUAUAAUGUAUAUAGGUUUCUGGCAUUUACAAAAGAUGCGACAAUCCAGAAAAUCGUGAAUUUUCAAUUCUUGGUCGACCAGGCACAAAUAUUGUCUCAAGCCCCCGAGGUGUUACAGGAGAAGAUCUACGACAACCGAAAGAGCAGUUCUACCCUGAGACACACCUUCACGUUCAACAAAACUAUAAAGGAGUCCAGCAGUUUUUCCCAUGAACACGGAUUCACUUUCCAAGCUGGAGUAGAAAUGUCUUUUGAGGGAGGAAUCCCGGUUAUUGCCGAAAUAUCUGGGAAGGUUACAGUGAACAUGAGCACCACCCACAAAUGGAACUUCACAAAGACCAAUGAGACUCAGAUUUCCUUCUCAUUGAGCACAAACAUAGUACUGGAGCCCUAUAAAGCUAUUCGGAUGGUGGCCUCAGUGAUAAAGGGGGAAAUAAAUGUCCCGUACAAGGCAAAAGCCCGGACCCUGUUUGGUGCUGAGGUUGAAGUUCGGGGAAUAUGGAGAGGGGUCUCACAUUACCACCUGAUCGUUACCCAAGAGGAUUAUAAUAAGUAGGUCACAUGACCCAGGAGGAAGCCACAGAUUUCAAUUUCUGCAAGAAAAUGAGUUUUGAUCAGUUGCUGCUGCUUCACGUGUCUGAAGGAUUUCCAAUAAACCUUUAAAAUGAGCAAUAAAUACUGUCAGGUCU